UAAGGUUUUAACCAACUAAUAAAAAUAAAGAAGAAUGCUAACCGCUAAGUGUGGCUUUUAAAUGGCGUUUGAUUGACUGAGCUCUUUUAAAAGUUGCCAAGGUUGCUGACAACUCGUUUUUCAUUAAAGCAUAAGAACUCGACUCCAGAAAUGCAGGUGGAUGGAGGAGAGGAGAGGCCUACCAUGCAGGGAGCAGCGGCAGCAGAUUUACCUGCUCCGAAGCCAGCCUGGGCUUUGCUCGAAGAAGCGGGGCACAUGAAGACAGAAGGGAAUGCUUUUUAUCGAGAAAGGAACAUCCGUGCGGCUGUUGGCCGCUAUCACCGUGCUCUUUUGCUUCUCCGAAGCAUCGAUUCUGACGUGCAGUUGAAUUUGGAAGCAUUUGGAUCCAAGAUGCCAACUCUUACAUCUGAACAAGAGAUACUAUUGAGAGACAUUCAAGUGGACUGCUUCAAUAACAUAGCUGCCUGUUUACUUCAGAGAAAGAGCGUGGACUAUGCUCGUGUCCUGGAGUAUAGCCUGAAAGUGUUGAAGCGACGACCAGCUAACACCAAAGCAUUGUACAGGGCUGGUGUUGCCACACUGGAGCUUGGAGACGCACAGAAAGCCAAGCAGUACCUGACACAAGCCUGCACGUUGCAGCCCAAUGAUGGAAACAUCAAAAGGUACCUUCAGAUGGUCGAGGAGAAGAUUAGCAACGAGUUACUCCGGGAGAAGGCCAUGUAUCGAGGCAUGUUUGCCUCCAGCACAAAAAGCAGCUCUGGAGAAUAGGGUAAUAAGACUGACACAUUAAAGUGAGGUCACGGGCUGACCCAACCCGACACGUACUGCUUGGUAGAAAUUCAGCUUUAGGUCACACCCUAAUGAAGCCUCAACCAAGCCCACAGACUUUGUUGGAUGCAGGCCCACUAUACACUCUGAAAUGAAAUUCUGAACCAUUGAUGUCUUUUUUUUUUUUUUUUUUUGAGGUGAGUGAGGAGCAGUAAUUGUACACUACCAGGUAAUAGUUAGGACUGAUUUUCAUGCUUUUGAUGAGAAACCAUCUCUAAUUUGUUGAAUGAAGAAAUAGUGUUCCCUAGCAACGGGAAGAGCAUGUGUUUCUGCAGAGAUCAGAUGUGUUCACUAUGAAUGGGACGAUACACUUAAACUCAUGAUACGAUGCACCUCAGUACGCCAGUGUCACGAAAUGAUACGUCACGAUACAAUAUAAAAAAAAAUGUUAGAAAAUAAAAGUUCAAUUUAGUCCUUCUUAAUUUAAUUGGCAGACAGUGCUGCCAUGGUGCCUGCCCCCACCAUGAAUUAAAAGCAUAGCUUUCUGUUAAUUUUAUUUGGGAUUUUUUUUCUGGGAGGAGUGAUCAUACUCAGUAAAUCCCACCUAUCUUCAUAUGUCUGCCAGUUAAACGAUCCAAUUGAUUGAAGGCAGCCAGCUAGCCAAUUAUAAAGAGGGGCAGGAUGCUUAAGGUCACAGUCAAACGGCCUCGGCGCAUUGAAAAUGCAGCGUUGGCGGUUAAAUUAAAAUGGAUGUUAGUGUGAGUGUGUUUGUGUGGGGGUUCUACACAGUUCCACUUCUGAUGCUGCCUUCACAACUCUGGGAAAGAUGAUUAUCACCACUUGCUAAUUGGUAGUUAUGAGUACAUCCUGUUCACGUGCUUUUGUUGUCGUAGCAACAGCAAACAUUGAUUUCAUUUUGGUUUGUUAUGUGGGCAAAACGGUUAUAGACCUAUGAAUUCAUUUACUACAAUAAGAGAUUGCAUCAUAAUGCAAAUGGUGAGUUUUUGUUUUUAACUGAAUGUUUGAGCAACCACUUGGUUAAAAAAAAGUUUUAUAAUGUGUACACUACGUUUUGAUGCUGGCAUCAAAAAAACGUACAAUUUGACGAUAAAUCUUCCUAAAAAACGUGGUUUCUUACCAUUCACAAUUGCAUGUCCCCGCUCCACAAUUUUUAAAAGUAAACAGUCGUCCCAUCUCAGAAACUCUUGUAUCAUAAUACAAUAUCAGUUUUCCAGUAGAAAAUACGACUUGAGGUGGCGUGGUAGUUACCAUAAUUAUGAUAUCACAUGAGGGCAGCAUAAGAGCCUCAGCACCUAACGAAGCCAGCAGUCAGCGGAGCAAGCAACAGCAGCUAGGGGUUGCAGCUGCUCUGAACGCCUCUACCUGUGUUUUACCUAUCUCAAUAAAUGAACGCAGCACAAUA